AGAAUUUUGAGAAUAUUUUAACCUCAAAAAAUGUCAGGGUUAAUAAAGCAAUUAUUUACAAAAUGCAAUCGAUUUUCAAAAUAUAACGUACAAUACAUUUUAAAAACCAACGUUCUACCAUCAAUAUCAUAUGUGGCUUCUAAACAAUAUUCAAAUUCAUCAACUCCCUAUGAAAUAGUUGAUGAAAAAGCAGGGGAAAAAUUAAAUAAUGAAAUAAUUAAUUACGUUAAUCAACAAGUCAAGGAUUUUAAGCAAGGAAGACUAUUUGCAGUGGUUCACGUUGCUGGAAAACAGUUUAAAAUAACUGAAGGGGAUGUUAUUGUAGUAGAAGGAUAUUGGCACCCCAAUGUUGGUGACAAAAUUAACUUAAAUAAGGUUAUGUUAGUUGGUGGGGCCGAUUUUACAUUAAUAGGAACACCAGUUGUUCAAUCUGACUUGGUUCAAGUUAAGGCUACAGUUAUUGAAAAGAGUCUCUCACAUACCAAAACCCAUUUUAUAAAGAAGAGGAGAAAGCAAUACACCAACAUUAAUUUUUAUAGAAUACCGCAAACUAUGCUUAGGAUAAACAAAGUACAAAUAAUUGGAGAAGUUAAUAACCCACCAGAAGUAAGAGGUUUAGAUACAGCCAUUUUUUAAAUAAGGAUAUUUGUUUAAAGUUGUAAUUAAAUAAAAG